AUGGGUGAUUUUAUCGAUUUGGUCAAAAAUGGGGAAUCUUCUACCCCUCUCACUCGUGUUCAUAUUCCCAGAGAUCAACUUGGUGCAGGACAACAGUUGCUAAAUGAUUACUUUGUAGAAAACGCAAAGUAUCCUCCACACUUCUUUAGGCGGCGUUUUCGAAUGCGAAAACAGUUGUUCAUGCGUAUAGCUAACGAUAUAGCUUCUUUCUCCCCAGUUGGUGAUGAGCCUGUUCCUCGUUAUUUUGUUGAGUUCCAAAACCAGCGUGUAGAUGAAAGAGGUAAACUCGGUUUUUCUACAAUUCAAAAGUGUACAUCCGCAAUACGUCAGCUGGCGUGUGGCAACGUGGCCGAUUCACUUGAUGAGUAUCUACAGAUGGGUGAACAAACUUCUAGAGACGCGCUUGAUGCUUUUUGUAAGUGUGUCUUUGACCUUUACAGAGAAGAGUACUUACGAAGACCAACAACAGAUGAUAUACAACGUCUCUCCCAGAAACACGCACACCUUCAUGGUUUUCCAGGGAUACUUGGGAGCAUCGACUGUAUGAAUUGGCCCUGGAAAAGGUAUCCAAAAGCAUGGCAAGGCCAGUUCACUCGAGGUAAUAAAGGGGUACCAACCAUCAUGCUUGAAGCUGUUGCAUCGUACGAUUUAUGGAUUCGGCAUGCAUUUUUUUGGAAUGACAGGUUCGACAUAAACGUCCUUAAUCAAUCACAUUUGUUUAGGGAAAUCAUUGAGGAUACGGCUCCGGAUACUUCAUUUACGGUUACCAGAAGGAAUAUUAUCUAG